AUGGCCGCUUUACUGAUGCCACGCAGGAACAAAGGGAUGAGGACUCGACUGGGAUGCCUGUCUCACAAGUCUGACUCAUGUAGUGAUUUCACAGCUAUUCUUCCCGACAAACCCAACCGUGCUCUAAAGAGACUAUCCACAGAAGAAGCUACGAGGUGGGCAGAUUCCUUUGAUGUGCUUCUCUCCCAUAAGUAUGGGGUGGCUGCAUUCCGCGCCUUCCUGAAGACGGAGUUCAGUGAGGAGAACCUGGAAUUCUGGUUGGCCUGUGAGGAGUUCAAGAAGACCAGGUCAACCGCAAAGCUGGUCUCCAAGGCCCAUAGGAUCUUUGAGGAGUUUGUGGAUGUGCAGGCUCCGAGGGAGGUAAACAUAGACUUCCAGACCCGAGAAGCCACGAGGAAGAACAUGCAAGAACCAUCCCUGACUUGCUUUGACCAAGCCCAGGGAAAAGUACACAGUCUCAUGGAGAAAGACUCUUACCCCCGGUUCCUGAGGUCCAAAAUGUACUUAGAUUUGCUGUCCCAAAGCCAGAGGCGGCUCAGCUAG